GGCUAGUUGUAAACAAGCAUGGGGCGCGCUGGAUGAUAUGAAUGGCACGAACACAUAAUUUUUAAGGCUAAAAUUCCUCGCUUUAAUGAGCUAUUUCAAGAGUUGUUAGAUGACCACGUCAAUCAAUCUGUAACAUGCCAUGUAUAGAAACAGCAGUGGUGAUAUUUUGGGCAGUGAAACAGCAUCGUUAUUUGAAAUGGUUCGUGCUCUGAAAGCACUGCUUUCGUAUCGGCUCUGUACGUGCAGGACAGCGGCUGCCGACGGUCAUUCCUCCUUCGACGGUGAGGAAAACCAGCAUGCAUCGGGGUUUCUCAACUCUCCGAAAAUGUGCCCUCUUGUUGAUGAGCAUGCCAUGUUGCAGUGAUUUUGGGGAUUUUGUAUUGCAGAUGUCCAAAGAGAGCACUCACUCCUGGGAAUAUCUGCAUCAUUCGGAGUCCAUACUGAGGAUCACAAGUAUUCAAGGGAUGCAGAGAACAGUGGCAAUGGCAGCAGGGCAGACCAUUCAUCGUCACUCCUAACAUUGCUUCAACAUUGAGGAUCACAAAUAUUAAAGGGAUGCAGAGAACGUUGGCAACGGCAGCAGGGCAGUGCAUCUAUCGUCACUUAUGCAUCGCUUCAAGAAUGAGGAUCACGAGUAUCCAAGGGAUGCAGAGAACAUUGGCAACGGCAGCAGGGCAGUGCAUCCAUCGUCACUUAUGCAUCGCUUCAAGAAUGAGGAUCACGAGUAUCCAAGGGAUGCAGAGAACAUUGGCAACGGCAGCAGGGCAGUGCAUCCAUCGUCACUCAUGCUUCGCUUCGAGAAUGAAGAUCACGAGUAUCCAAGGGAUGCAGAGAACAUUGGCAAUGGCAGCAGGGCAGAGCAUCCAUCGUCACUCGUGCUUCGCUUCCAGCAUGAGGAUCACGAGUAUCCAAGGGAUUCAGAGAACAUUGGCAAUGGCAGCAGGGCAAAGCAUCCAUCGUCAUCAUGCUUCGCUUCCAGAAUGAGGAUCACGAGUAUCCAAGAGAUGCAGAGAUCGUUGACAAUGGCAGCAGGGCAGUGCAUCUAUCGUCACUUCUCACAUCGUUUCCAGAAUGAAGAUCACAAGAGAGGUUUGGCUGUUUUGUUUAUGUCAUGGCCAUGACUGAUAGAAAGAGUGUGUGUCUGCAUUGUAAAACUAUUGCUUUGUUUUGUAUGGUGCGACUGCUCGAUUUGACUAGAAUUUAGUGGUAUGAUUUCAUGUUUUCUGAUCUUUCUAGGUAAAAAUGGUAUGCUUUUAAUCCAUCAUUGAUAAUCUAUUAGUCAUUGCUCAGAAAAAUGAAAUAUUUGAGCGUACAGAUACUCCCCAAAAA